UGCGGGCGCGCCGCGGGGGCGGGGAAAGCGGAGGCUGAAGAGCGACUCGCGGGACUGCGGCGCGGUGAGAGCGAGGGAGCGGCGGCGGCGGCGGCGCUGGUCUGGUGAGGUGCGAGGCGAGCGCGCGACUCUGGAGGAGCGGAUGUUAAGUCAGAGUACAGAAGAAAAUGUCCACCAAACAAACUUCAUGGACAAGCCUGUCCACUAUUCAAAAAAUAGCCCUGGGCCUUGGAAUCCCAGCAAGUGCAACAGUUGCCUACAUCCUAUACCGCCGAUAUAGGGAAAGCAGAGAAGAGCGAUUGACAUUUGUUGGAGAAGAUGACAUUGAGAUAGAGAUGCGAGUUCCCCAGGAGGCUGUGAAGCUCAUCAUUGGUCGACAAGGAGCCAAUAUUAAACAGCUUCGGAAACAGACAGGUGCUCGGAUUGAUGUGGACACUGAGGAUGUAGGCGAUGAGCGAGUACUGCUUAUCAGUGGUUUUCCUGUUCAGGUGUGCAAGGCCAAAGCAGCAAUCCAUCAGAUCCUGACAGAGAACACUCCAGUGUUUGAGCAACUCUCAGUUCCCCAGAGAUCUGUGGGCAGAAUCAUAGGGAGAGGCGGCGAGACAAUUCGAUCUAUCUGUAAGGCUUCUGGAGCCAAAAUUACUUGUGACAAAGAAUCAGAGGGAACCCUACUACUCUCAAGACUUAUAAAAAUCUCAGGAACACAGAAGGAAGUGGCAGCAGCUAAGCAUCUGAUAUUGGAGAAAGUUUCAGAAGAUGAAGAACUUCGGAAGAGAAUUGCCCAUUCUGCAGAAACCAGAGUUCCACGAAAGCAGCCAAUCAGUGUAAGAAGAGAGGAAGUGACAGAGCCUGGUGGAGCUGGAGAAGCAGCUUUAUGGAAAAAUACCAAUACUAGCAUGGGGCCAGCUGCACCCCUGGAGGUUCCUCUCCGAAAAGGAGGUGGUGAUAUGGUUGUUGUAGGACCAAAAGAAGGUUCCUGGGAGAAACCUAAUGAUGACAGCUUUCAGAAUUCUGGUGCCCAGAGCAGUCCAGAGACGUCCAUGUUUGAAAUUCCCAGUCCUGACUUCAGUUUCCAUGCUGAUGAGUACCUAGAAGUCUUCGUUUCCGCUUCUGAGCACCCUAACCACUUUUGGAUCCAGAUCGUUGGCUCCCGCAGCCUGCAAUUGGAUAAACUUGUCAGUGAGAUGACCCAGCACUAUGAGAAUAGUCUGCCUGAAGACUUGACUGUGAACAUAGGAGACAUUGUAGCAGCACCUUUAUCUACAAAUGGUUUUUGGUAUCGAGCCCGGGUUCUUGGAACUUUGGAAAAUGGAAACUUGGACCUCUACUUCGUUGACUUUGGAGAUAAUGGAGACUGUCCACUGAAGGAUCUCAGGGCCCUCAGGAGUGACUUUCUAAGCCUCCCAUUUCAAGCAAUAGAAUGCAGUCUGGCACGGAUUGCCCCCUCAGGUGAACAGUGGGAAGAAGAAGCUCUAGAUGAGUUUGACAGACUCACUCACUGUGCUGACUGGGAGCCCCUAGUGGCCAAGAUCUCUAGCUAUGUCCAGGCUGGAGUCUCAACUUGGCCAAAGAUCUAUUUAUAUGAUACCAGCAAAGGGAAGAAACUUGAUAUUGGGCUAGAAUUAGUUCGUAAAGGCUAUGCAAUCGAACUUCCUGAAGACAUGGAAGAAAACAGAACUGUCCCAGAUAUGUUGAAGGACAUGGCCACAGAAACAGAUGCUUCUCUUGCCAGCAUACUCACUGAAACCAAAAAGAGCCCUGAAGAGAUACCACAUACCCUCUCCUGCCUCAGCUUAUCAGAAGCUGCCUCUAUGUCUGGUGAUGAUAACCUUGAAGAAGGUGACUUAUUCUGAAGUCUGGGCUUCGCUACUGGAUCAGCAGUCUGCUUUGCUGUGUGGACAUCAAUCCAGAAAACCACACCUUAAAAAUGAAGAGUUGUGAAGCUCAGUCACAACAACUGAUCCAUAACUGCACCCAAGGUAUAGGGAUUGCUGUAGAAGAGGAGGCACAAAGAUUCUAUGUACCAGAGGAACAGGAAGUUGCUGUGAAACUGUGUCUCCUAGAAAUGUCAGGGAAGCUACAUCCAUGAAUUUUUACUGAGAAACGGGAAAGCUCACAAGGCCUCAACCCCAGACAAAGAGCUGCAGGCAACUAAAGAAUGCAAAGAACAGGAGCAACAGUAUUCCUCAGGGAAGAGCACACCAGCUGCUUACCAGUACCAAAUGGUCAGCUCUGAAAACAUAUGUAUGGCCUGGAGAGAUGGCUCAGUGGUUAAGAGCUCUGUCUGCUUUUCCAAGGAUCAUGAGUUCAAUUCCUGGUGACCACAUGGUGGUUCACAACCAUCUAUGCUGUAAACUGAUUCCCUCUUCUGGCAGAUGUAAAUGCAGAUAGAACACUCAUAUACAUAAAAUAAAUAA